UUUAAAUAUGGAAUCCACUGAUUCAGAACAUUUUAGUCUGACUGAUUUGCCCGAGGCUGUUGAGACUAUGUCCAAUAGCCAGAUCCUGAAACUCAGAAGUAAAUUGGUCAAACUCAAGAAAAUGUUGAAAGAGAACAAUUGUGGAAAUGUCAAAAUUGGAUAUCUUCAGCAAUGAAUUCGAGCUCAGAAACAUAAGUAACCUCCUACAGAUGAUAAAAACAGAGAAGGCUAAAGCUGCUCUUUUGACUAAGGAAGCUAAACUUGAAGAUCAGGCUCUUCUCCUUCAGGAGAAGGAGGACAAACUUCAGGCUAAGAAGGAAGAGCUCAAACUUAGACAAGCUUCUGUGGAAAGAAUGCGAGAAAAGAAGCAAGCUGUAGAAGACACUUUAAUGCAAGACAGCGACCAGCUGAAAUCUGAUGCAGCCAAACUCCAAACAAAAAUUACAGAAUUUAGUACAAAGAAGGAGACUGGGUACUCACGGUUCUUAAGAAACACUGUGCAGGAGUUAUAAGAGGGAAUAUUAGAGUGCUGUGUAGGGUCAGGGCAGGGCCAGAGGAGGGAGUGAGGGUGAGGAAUGAUCAUUUGGUGGAGGUUACCUUGGAGUCGAAGAGGUGUUUGAAAGGGAUGAAAGUGGGAAAGGAGAAGGGUUAUGAGCCUAAGGAGAGGUUUGUGUUUGAUCAUUGCUUUGUACAGGGGUCUACACAAGAAGAGGUAUUUUGAGAGGUCCAGAAUUUGGUUACUAAUGCAUUAGAUGGAUAUAAAGUCUGUAUAUUUGCGUAUGGACAGACUGGGUCAGGCAAGACAUAUACAAUGGAAGGAGAAUAUCAUGAAAGACAGCUUUAUGGUAUCAUACCUAGGACUGUUGUCCAUAUAUUUGACCUCCUCAGUCAAAGAGAAAAAGACCAGUGGCGAUUUGAGAUCCAAUGCUGAUUUCAAGAAAUAUAUAUGAAUCAGAUAAGAGAUCUUCUAGAUCCUGAAAAUUGAAUGACACAGAUGAAUAAAGCUUCUAGCUAUGAGCCAACUCUUGUCAAGGUGUAUUCUACAGAAUCGGAAGAAAAGCAGACUCCAGUGACUGAAAUUUUUGAUCUCCUAAAGACAGCUAGAGAGAAUAGGGUUACUUCAGAUAAUAAAUUUAACGCAAGGUCUUCAAGAUCUCACAGCAUUUUUCAGCUAUUCAUAAACUCAGUGCAGGAAAAUUCAGAGAAGAAAGUGAAGUUUGAAGGGUGAGUCAAUUUAAUCGACCUUGCAGGUUCAGAGAGACUACACAAAACACAAAAUGUUAGUAAAUAAAGUUCUGGAGGAGUCAAAGGCUAUUAACUAUAGUCUCAGCUGCUUAAAAGACGUAAUUCAAGCAAUCUCGAGUAACUCAUCAACUGAAGAUCAGGAGGUAGAAAAUGAGAAUCAUGUUCCUUUCAGGAACUCGAAAUUGACCUAUUUCCUCAAACCCCAACUCACCAGUGAGAGUGCUAAGACUCUUAUGAUAGUAAAUGCUUCUUCUGAGUCCGCUCAUAUUCCUGAGACGAUCAAUUCGUUGAGGUUUGCUACAGAAGUCAACAAAUGUGUGGUCUCUAGAUCUCGAUAACUAUAUUUCCACUUGACU